UUUCACUCGAUACCAAUCCAACGGUUCAGUCUAAUCUGUCUCCCCGCAUAUAGUUGGAAGAAAAAGAACGAUUCUCCCAAAUCAUCUCCCAUCUCUCCGGCCAUCGCGUCUGUUAACGAGCCGGCGGUGAUCGCAGGCAAAAUCUAUACCGGCUAUCCGCAGCCUUCAAGGUCGCCUCUGCGUCAAAAGUUCCAAUCCUUCCUUCUCAUGAAAUUUGAGGAGUAACUUUCCUUCCAUGCUGUUGCUUUCUUCAUCGUUUAUGGCUAUGAAAAGCACCUUUUUUUUUUUCUUUUUUAGAGAUUGAUCAAGAAUUGGAUUUGGAUCAGUUGCAAACUUUAGGAAAAAAAUUUUACAUUUUGGAUAAUGGGUUCAAGUAACAUGCCCAGAGCUCAAUGCUUUCAGUAGUUUUUUUUUUUCUUCUUCCUGAUAGAUUUUUGAGAGUUUGAUGGUAUUACUGGCGGUUCUUCAAAUGGGUUUUGUCUUAUUUUGACUGGUUGUGCUCAACUGUGGGCACCUGAUUUUGAUGUUCAAAUUGGGGAAAUUUUAACCAUUCAAGAAAAGUGCAGUGACCAGCAGUUUUGUGCUUAUUUUGAAGUGGAAAAGUAUAUAUAGAAGUAGAAAAGGUUUCUUUAUUGCCAAUGGAUCGUAUUGAUGACCGGUUUAGGAAGCAGGUAGCAGCAAUUCAACGAGUUAUGCUGUUAACAAGAUGCUUUAAAGUGGACAAUGUUCCAUGCCAAAUCGAUGAAGGUCUCUUCCUGGGCUCUGUUGGAGCUGCUUCGAAUAAGAGUGAAUUGAAAAGCUUGAAUAUCACUCACAUUUUAACUGUGGCUAAUACGUUGGAUCCCGCACAUCCAAAUGAUUUCACAUAUAAAGUCAUUGAAGUCACGGACAAAGCGGACACAAAUAUAGCACAGCACUUUGAUGAAUGUUUCAAUUUCAUUGAUGAAGCGAAAAGACUGGGUGGUGGUGUCUUGGUUCACUGCUUUUUGGGAAGAUCCAGAAGUGUGACCAUUGUAAUUGCUUAUAUGAUGAAAAAGCAUGGUAUGAGCCUAUCUCAAGCUCUAGAACAUGUGAAGAGUAGUCGGCAACACGCAGCUCCUAAUUAUGGUUUCAUGUUACAAUUACAGAACUUUGAAAAAUCUCUUCGAGAACAAAGAUGAGCAGACUGAGUGAUGAACAGCGAGAUGAAUGUUACUUGUUUGCGUCCAGAAUUUGAUUAAAAACUCGGGCAGAAAACCCAGGGAAGCUGCUUGUGCAUAUUCAAAGCAGCUUCAAGUUGAUGAUCUUGGAUAAAAUUUGAUCUCUAAUGUAAUGUUCAGAAGUAAAUUAGUUUAUGGUUUAAGAGAUUGCUAUGAAUUACUUUAUUAUAAAUGAAUGUGUUGUAAUUGUAAAUCUCCAUA